AUGUUCGCCGUCAUUCCAGAAGACCAUGAAUCGUGCCAUAAGCGAAAACCACGACUGCUUCAGUCUCAGGAGACCCGCACGGGUGCUAAUUCGGGUUUCCUGAGACUGACUGCUUCUAAACAACCAUUAAAUCUUUCUUUUACUCCGGUGUCGUUGCUGGACUAUCGCCGUGUGGCCAAGACGCUUGCUUUGGCCUUUGACAAGGACCCGUUUGUCAACUAUAUCCUCAACACCCAAAUCGAGUACGACCCAUCCCAAACCCGCCAGAUCAAGAAGAAACACGACUUGAUGCUUUCUUUUUUUGAGCAUUCUGCCUACGAAUGCAUGUCUCUUGGCGGGUUGGUUUUGGCUAUCAAGGAUAACAACUUGGAGCUGGACUUGAUUCAGCAGCGUCUCAAAGCGCUGGCAAUCGCCAAGGUUCCAUUUUUGGGCGUGGCGUGCUGGAACAAGUUGGUUUUCGAUGAAGACCUGAAGUGCUUCGACUAUGCCGAAUCGUUGCCUUCGUUGGCCAACAUCCAUCCGACAUCUUUGAAGUUUAACCUUUUCUCGUCUUUAGCCAAGUGUCGCCGUCGAGUUAGCAGAAUUGGCCAGGUCUUGUUGGAAGACAACCGAGACUCUGUGCUCGCAACAAUGCUUUCUUCGUCGUCGCUUAAGGUUGCUGAUCAAGUUUGGUACUUGGGCGAUGUGGGUAUUAUUCCUACAAUGCAAGGCCAUGGUUUGGCCAAAAAGUUGAUCAACCACUGUGUGGAGAACUACAUGGUGGGCAACUGGUGCUACUUGGAGUCGUCCAACCAAGCCAACCGUGGCUUUUACGAGAAGUUGGGCUGGCGUUUGAUGAAGACUUUCGUUAUCAACGAACCGGAAUCUUCCAGUGACGAGUCUGACUCCCUUUCCGGGUCGCCUUCCUCUGGAAAAAGCUUCCUCUCGCGCAAGUCCAAGAAACCUCCUGUUGCAGAGGAACUUCUUUACAUGGACGCUUUUGUUUUUUACGCAGAAAAGAAGUAA